AUGAACGGCGUCAACUCCGGCGUCAUGCCUUCUGCUUGGAAGACGGCCAGCAUCUGUCCGGUACCCAAAACUUCUCAUCCGAUCUCGAGGAAAGGCUUGGGACCAAUCUCCUUGAUCUCCUCGCUGGGUAAGGUCCAGGAGAGACUUGUACACAACAAACUCUUCCCCAUAAUGAAACCCUGGAUUAAAGACCAGUUUGCAUACAUGCCUAAGUCCUCUACUACUGCCACACUGCUGAAGGCAUACCAGUCCUGGUUCACAAGCCUUGACAACAAACAGACUUCAGUUGUGCGUGAGCUACUUGCCGACAUGUCGAAGGCGUUCGACAAAUGGGAUUCUUCUACAGCACCUGUCCACCCGCGACAUCACCGUAAAAACGCUGACGUGGAUCUGCAGUUACCUGUCUGA